AUGACAUGUACCGUAGGAUCUUCAGAUUACAUACCGCUUCGUUACUUUAUAACUUUUAUGUUGUUCAUGGGUUUGUGCAUUACAUACUGUGCUCGUGGUGGACUGAGUAUUGCUAUAGUCGCUAUGGUAAACAUCACUAAAAAUUCGACUAGACACCCACAAGAUCGUUGCCCGAUAUCCGAAAAUGGAUCGACUUAUUCAUUUGAAAAUCAAGGGGAGUUUUAUUGGGAUCCUUAUUUACGAAGUAUCAUUCUCGUAUCUUUCUUUUACGGUUUUAUACUAACACAAAUACCAGGAGGAUGGUUAUCGGAAAAACUAGGCGGAAAAUGGUUUUUCGGGGGAGGAGUAUUUUUAUCUUGUUUAUUAAAUCUUACGUUUCCUGUCGCUGCCCGAGCAGGACAUAACAUUUUUAUUGUUGUCCGUGUACUGAGUGGAUUCUUUGAGGGUGUGACAUAUCCGGCCAUGUUUUCCAUGAUGGUGCAUUGGAGUACUUUGAAAGAACGGAGCCUUCUGUUAGCCAUCGCUUGCAUGGGAGGAAACGUAGGAGCAAUCAUUGCCACUCCUUUAGGCGCAUUCCUUUGCGAAAAAGGAUUUGCAGGUGGAUGGCCAUCGGUAUUUUACGUAUCUGGUGUUUGGGGAUGUUUGUGGUUUCUCGUCUGGGUCUUUAGCGUUUUCAAUAAGCCUGCAGAACAUCCCUGGAUUAGCGAAAGAGAAAGAUUAUAUUUACAAAUAAAUGCAGACACAGCGGAGAAGAAAUUGCCAAUUCCUUGGAAGGGUAUGUUUACUUCCAUUCCAUUCUGGGCUCUCUUCUACGCAAGAUUUGCAAUUGCAUGGGGACUGUUUAUUAUUCUUACCGAACUUCCAUCCUAUCUCGAAUCAGUUUUCAGUGUGACAUUAAAAGAGAAUGGUGACAUUUCUUCAAUUGUAAAUAUAGUUCUCUGCGUUGGAAUGAUUUUUGCUGGUUAUGUUUCUGAUUACCUCAGAGAAAAGAAGCGUUUCUCUAUUACUGCCAUUCGAAAAGGUUUCGAAUUUUCAGGAUUAAUUGGCUGCGGCACAUGCUUAAUAAUUAUUCCGCAAAUUGGAUGCAACAUACCUUUAAUAACAACAGUCAUGUCUAUUGGUCUGUUUUUCUUCGGUUUCAAUACUGGAGGAAGCACACCAACCAUAGCAGAUAUGGCUCCUGACUUUUCUGGAAUUAUGUGCGGAAUAUUGGCAACAUUACCAACUUCGGGAGCUUUCUUAGGACCUAUGGUCGCUGGUUUAAUAACUCAUGACGGAGAAACCAUUGAUCAAUGGAAUCUGGUAUUUUACAUCACGGCUGGAAUCAUAAUGUCCGGUGGAACUUGCUUUUUAAUAUUGGGUUCGGCCGAGGUUCAACCUUGGGCUAAAGUACCGUCAAUUAUGGAUAAUAAUUCCAUUUCGAGUAUAGAAAGUAACAAAGUUGUAAAUCCUAAAUCUUUGGAUUGUGUGGCAAGUUUUCAAAACGAUUCGGUGAAGUUUUAUUAUAUACCGGCUCGUUACUUCUUAACUUUUAUGUUUUUUUCGGGUUUGUGCAUCGUUUUAUGUUUUCGAGUUGGCCUGAGCAUCGCUCUAGUUGCCAUGACAAAUAACACCAAAACGCCUAUCUCCAGCGAUCGCUGUGAUAAUCCAGAAGCCAAUUCAACUUACGAAUUCCAAAAUCAAAAGGAAUUUGAUUGGGAUCCUUACAUACAAGGAAUUAUUUUAGCGUCUUUCUUUUACGGUUAUAUUUUCACGCAGCUACCGGGAGGAUGGUUAGCAGAAAAAAUCGGUGGAAAAUGGUUGUUUGGAGGAGGAGUAUUCUGUUCUUCGUUAUUAAAUUUACUAUUUCCUGUUGCUGCCAGAGCUGGAUACGACGUCUUAAUCGUUGUUCGUAUUUUAAGUGGAUUCGGUGAGGGGGCAACUUAUCCGGCCAUGUUCAUUAUGAUGGUAUAUUGGAGCACGUUGAAAGAAAGAAGUUUUCUAUUAGGCAUCGCUUGUAUGGGAGCUAACGUAGGAUCUAUUAUUGCAACUCCCAUCGCUGCCCAUCUUUGUGAAAAUGGAUUUGCCGGUGGAUGGCCGUCCGUAUUUUACGUUCUCGGUAUUUGUGGUUGUUUAUGGUUUGUCCUCUGGGCGUUCACCGUAUUUAACAAACCCACAGAACAUCCUGGUAUUAAUAAUCUGGAAAAAAUAUAUUUAGAACAAGAUCCCAAUUCCACGAAAAAGCAAUUACCCGUUCCAUGGAAGAGCAUAUUUACUUCAAUUCCAUUUUGGGCUCUCCUCUACACGAGAUUCGCAAAUUUUUGGGGGUUGUUUACUGUUACUGCCGAACUACCUUCAUAUCUCGAAUCAGUUUACAACAUGACUUUGAAACAGAAUGGUAUCGCUUCUGCAAUUAUUUACACAUUCCUCUGUCUAGGAAUGAUUGUUUCGGGUUAUGUUUCCGAUUAUCUUAGACAAAAAAGGCAUUUUUCUGUAACUGUCAUUAGAAAGAGUUUCGAAUUCGCUGGAUUAGUUGGUUGUGGUGUAUGCUUAAUUGCUCUUCCCCGAAUUGGAUGCAACAUACCUUUAAUUAUAAGUAUUUUAUCUGCUGGACUAUUUUUAUUCGGAUUCAAUACUGGAGGUAGCACUCCAACCAUCGUGGAUAUGGCUCCAGAUUUCGCUGGUACUAUGUGCGGAUUAUUAGCAACUUUGCCAACAGUCGGUGCUUUCUUGGGUCCUAUGGUAACUGGUUAUCUAACUCAAGAAGGACAAACGAUAGAUCAGUGGAAUUCCGUAUUAUAUAUUACGGCUGGAAUACUAAUAUCUGGUGGAAUCUGCUUUUUGAUAUGGGGUUCGGCCGAAGUUCAGCCAUGGGCCAAAUAUCCUUUUAUUAUACAAAGUUCACCAUCGUUAACUGAAGAAGAAAUCAGUAAAGAACGUAAUUCUGAUUCUUUAAAUUGUGUCGCAAGUUUACGCGGACAAAUACAAUGACACAGUUAUUCUUAUUUAUGAUAUAUUAUUUUAAAAUAUUGCUACUCCAAUGGCUUGUAUUGUUUUUAUUUGAUAAGAAAUAGUUCAAUUAAAUACAACAAAGAAAAUGAAAAAAAAUAUCAAAACUGUUUUGCCUUCAAGAAAAUAGUGAUGUUGCUUCUUGAUUAUGAAAUUAUUUAAAUUUCUAUUAAGAAGUCUCAAAUUUUCUUUAUCUGAUCAUGAAAUUGUAUUUUCGUCAUACUGUAUAUAUGUAAAAUUAUAAUUUUUAUC